GGAGAGUCGGAGAAAGAGAGACUGGAUGGGAGGGUCGUGCGCUAGUGCACCGUAGCUGGUUUAGCGUAUGCUGUGGCUGGUACUUCUCUGUUGGGGGUGCUCUCAGGUCACCCGGAUCAUUUUUCCUAAUGGGUGGCUGGGAGAAUUAGCUGGAAGAAAACCUUGAGGGCCGGAGGCAUUUUUUUCUCCCUGGCUCCGCCCUCUUCCUGUUCAGCUACCUGGGCGUCUGGCCCCCCAAGGCGGAAGGGAAAGUUGGUGGGGCUGUCGAAGAGCAUUUAGCGCACGCGCGAGUGUGAGUGUAUGUUUGUGUGUUCAUACGCACGCGCGCGCUUCUGCAUUUAGGAAACCUGGGAAGGAGCAGUGUGCUAGGAGAUGAGCGGGGAAAACAUAGUCUCCUAUCUUUGGUACCAGACACUUGUGACUGUGCGCUGACCCUCCGCAGCCAGCCAGCAGCCUUUUCCAGAGAGGCUGUGGUCCAUAGCCUCUGUUCGUUUUCACUGCAGGACCAGGCACGAAAGUUAAAACAAAAUGAAGAUUUUUUCUGAAUCUCAUAAAACAGUGUUUGUUGUGGAUCACUGCCCUUACAUGGCAGAAUCCUGCAGACAACAUGUUGAGUUUGAUAUGCUGGUGAAGAAUAGGACCCAAGGAAUCAUCCCCUUGGCCCCCAUAUCUAAAUCAUUGUGGACUUGCUCAGUAGAAUCUUCCAUGGAAUAUUGUAGAAUAAUGUAUGAUAUAUUUCCUUUCAAAAAGCUGGUGAACUUCAUUGUGAGUGACUCUGGAGCACAUGUUUUAAAUUCUUGGGCUCAAGAAGACCAAAAUUUACAGGAGCUGAUGGCAGCAUUAGCUGCCGUUGGGCCUCCUAAUCCUCGGGCAGAUCCAGAAUGCUGCAGUAUUCUGCAUGGUCUAGUUGCAGCGGUGGAAACGCUCUGCAAGAUUACAGAAUACCAACAUGAGGCUCGUACUCUACUAAUGGAGAAUGCGGAACGUGUUGGAAAUAGAGGACGGAUCAUUUGCAUUACUAAUGCAAAAAGUGAUAGCCAUGUGCGAAUGCUUGAGGACUGUGUGCAAGAAACAAUUCAUGAGCAUAACAAGCUUGCUGCAAAUUCAGAUCAUCUCAUGCAGAUUCAGAGGUGUGAGUUGGUACUGAUCCAUACCUACCCAGUUGGUGAAGACAGCCUCGUUUCUGAUCGUCCUAAAAAAGAGUUGUCCCCAGUUUUAACCAGUGAAGUCCAUAGUGUUCGUGCAGGACGGCAUCUUGCUACCAAAUUGAAUAUUUUAGUACAGCAACAUUUUGACUUGGCUUCAACUACUAUUACAAAUAUUCCCAUGAAGGAAGAACAACACGCUAACACAUCUGCCAAUUAUGAUGUAGAGCUACUUCAUCACAAAGAUGCACAUGUAGAUUUCCUGAAAAGUGGUGAUACCCACUUAGGUGGCAGCAGUAGAGAAGGCCCAUUUAAGGAGACAAUAACAUUAAAGUGGUGCACACCAAGGACAAAUAACAUUGUGUUUUCUUCUAUUUCAGAGCUACACUAUUGCACUGGAGCUUAUCGAAUUUCUCCUGUAGAUGUAAAUAGUAGACCUUCCUCCUGCCUUACUAAUUUUCUUCUAAAUGGUCGUUCUGUUUUAUUGGAACAACCACGCAAGUCAGGUUCCAAAGUCAUUAGUCAUAUGCUUAGUAGCCAUGGAGGAGAGAUUUUUCUGCACGUCCUUAGCAGUUCUCGAUCCAUUCUAGAAGAUCCUCCUUCAAUUAGUGAAGGGUGUGGAGGAAGAGUUACGGACUACCGGAUUACAGAUUUUGGUGAAUUUAUGAGGGAAAACAGAUUAACUCCUUUUCUAGACCCCAGAUAUAAAAUCGAUGGAAGUCUUGAGAUCCCUUUGGAACGAGCAAAAGAUCAGUUAGAAAAACACACCCGUUACUGGCCUAUGAUUAUCUCACAAACCACCAUUUUCAACAUGCAAGCGGUUGUUCCAUUAGCCAGUGUUAUUGUGAAAGAGUCUUUGACAGAAGAAGAUGUGUUAAACUGUCAAAAAACAAUAUAUAACUUAGUUGACAUGGAAAGAAAAAACGAUCCUCUGCCUAUUUCCACAGUUGGUACAAGAGGAAAAGGCCCUAAAAGAUUAAAAGGAAUUUUAGAACGUGGAAAAGAAGAGUUGGCUGAAACUGAGAUUAUAAAAGAUUCACCUGAUUCCCCAGAACCUCCAAACAAAAAGCCCCUUGUUGAAAUAGAUGAAACUCCACCAGUGGAAAAAUCAAAAGGGCCAGUGUCCUUGUUAUCCUUGUGGAGUAAUAGAAUUAAUACUGCCAAUUCCAGAAAACAUCAGGAGUUUGCUGGGCGUUUGAACUCUGUUAAUAACAGAGCUGAAUUAUAUCAACAUCUUAAAGAGGAAAAUGGGAUGGAGACAACAGAAAAUGGAAAAGCCAGCCGGCAGUGAAAAAGUGACUUGAGGAACUAAAUUAGCAUAUUGCAUAAAUAUUUUGCGCAGAAUUUUAUACAAGUACUUUUACAGCAAGAUUGUAUAGUUAUGUUGCCUGGACUGGUUUUUACAUUUUUAAAAAUUUCAACUAACUUUAUCUUUUUUGUACUAAUUGUAAAAUUGGCCCAUAUGUCAAAAAUAUACAUUUUAGAUUUGUCCUCCCAAAUCAGACAAAUUUAUUUAGGUAAAAGGUGUUCCCUCUGAAAGUGUUUUUUAAAAAACAUUCUUAGGCUUCUCUUUGCCAAAUAAAACUGUUAAGAUAUCUGAAAUGCAAAAUAUUGGAGUAUUACUUUAUGAAGAAAAAAGAUAUUUAUUUAAUGACUGACAAUAGCAUUUAGAAAUUUUUUCAAAUUUUAUCAGAAUUUAGGUGAGAUUUGCAAUAUUUGAUAUAAAAUCUUACCUAUUAAUCUGUAUCAUAGACAGUUUUUCCAAAAAAUAAUGGUUUUAUUUAUUUUGUAUUUUAAGUUAUCUUGCAUGUUUUCUCCAUGUAAAAGCAGAGUUUUCAGGUAGUCGCUGUAAGUUUAUAUUUACCAGUAUUGCAUAAUGUUACAGUUUCUUUUCUGCUAAACAUUUACCAUCCAUUGACUUUUCAUACAGAAAGGGAAACAUAAAGGGGAUGACUUCACAAACUUAGAAGGAAAGAACACUCCUAGGUUGUUUUUAUCACUGAAUAGAAUCUUGGUCUCCUUGUCUCAGAAAUGCCAUGGUUAUGUGGUAUAUGCGUGGUGAGACUUCUUCCCCUGCUUCUUUAUCUGGAAGCUCGCAACAUGUUGCAAGAAACAUGUUAUUUCAGUGGUAAAUCUUGUCAGUUUUUUUUUUUUUUUAAAGAGUUUGUUAGAGGAGAGGAAAAGCUCUUCACUUAAAUAUAGAGAUUCAAUUUGGGGAUUUUAUAUUUUCUAUUUGAAAAAUAAACAAGCUGGUGUUUAAACAAGGGUUCAGCAGGCUCCUUUGCCAACCCAGUGAAAUUUACAUUGCUGUUGCUCUCCUUUUAUCAACCCCUGACCCAUUCUCAGCCCUUGCAUCUGUCCUCUCCCCUAAGGAAUGGCCAUUUUUUAUUCUUUACCACGAAGUUUAGGUGGAUGUUUACACACAUCACACACAGACAUGACCAGGCUUAACCAGGACCUUAGACUUAAGAUUUAAGGAGCUGUAACCCGAUAUUUAAUUAUUAGAUCAUAUUUACUACUAGUUGGUCACUCAUAUUUUGUAUCUUAUUUUUGAGCCCAAUUUUCAACUUGUGCCUAAAUGGGGUCUCUAAUUUAUUCCUUGGUCCAAAAUUCUUUCCUUCACAAUCCAUCUUUAAAGACUGGUAUCCGGUUUUACUCUCCUCAGUUUAUGCUUUUCCCUUUCUCAGGGUCUAAGGCCAUCUACUUGUUGACAGUCUUACCUGCUUUUCAGUCUCCAUUUUUAGAUACUAACUGUUCAUGGACUCCUGUUACUAUGGCCUACCAGCUGGGGGAAUAUUUCUGUGGCUGCAGUUUGAACCACCAUGUGCUAGUAGCUUGUCUUUAUUAUUCCGUUUUGUUUGUUGCUCCAGCUGACUCAUUUUGUCUGCUUAACUAGACAUCCUUUGAGCACUUGUACAGUUGAGUCUCCUCCUUUCUUCCUGCAGGAGAUAGACUAUGCUUGACCUUAUCAUGAGAUAUAUAUCACAACCUCUUGGUGAACCAACAGUUUUAGGACACAAAUAGAAGAAUGACUGUUGUUGGCUCCAUUAAAACAAGGUCCAUAUUGAGAUUAGAUAAAAAUUUUUUUAUUAUGUCAAGAAAAGUAGAUAAAAUUUCAGUUGAAAAAAUUUUUAUUCUCCAUCAGUAUGAAUAAUAGCUGUUGUAAGGCUAAUUCCAAAAUGUGAAGGUAACUCAUAUUCCCGCUUUCCUACUUUAUCCUUCUGACACCAGCCAUCCACAUGGCACUUUUUGUCUCUGAUUCUAACCACCUAGAGUUGAGUCUCUCUCCACAAGUUAGGACUCUGUCCUUCUAGCCCCUGCCAAAUAGACAAACGCCAGCCUCUCUACUGGUUCUCACUGCCCCCAGUGUGUUCAGUAAUUCUCUAGAAGACUCACAGAACUCACAAAAACUAUAACCUAUACUUGCUGUUACCUAUUUAUUAUAACCAGAAAGAGACACAUCAGGCAAGGUCUGGGAGAGUUCUGGACACCACGAGGCUUCCAUUGUUCCAUGCCGCACCCUCUGUGGUACAUAGAUGUUCUCUCCAAUCCAUGAGCCCUCAGAAGAGAGGGCUCCAAGGUUCCAGGUCUCCUAGUCAUUGGCAGCUCAAUGAAUAUGCAUGACUUGGGCCUUAAUGCAUAGUUACGAUACAAUUAACAAAUACACAUGAUUCAUUAGGCGCCCUUCCCUUCCUGAAGCUAGUUCUCCAGGUAUGGGACCUGGGAAGCCCCUACUUGCCUGGUAUCUUGGAAAACAAAGAACAUCUUAAUUGCUCAGGCUGUUUUCAGAAACCAGAAUCAAAGGGCCAAACUAAGUUCUUUGUCCACGCUGAAAUCUAAGCUUAAGUUCAGACAAUGAUUGCAGGAAUGAAACUUACCAAAAUAGAACACAUGUACUUUCAUUAUAAUCUACUGAUCAAAAGCAGUUUUUUUGUAAUCAUAGUAUAAGGGAAAAUUUUCACAAUCAUGUUACAGUACAUGGUAUGUUUGAUAAGCUGUUACACACAGUUAUAAAAAUGCUGUAAUAUUUUACUCAGAAAGUUGUAGUAUAUUUGAAUAUUGUUCAGAACCACCACAUGGAUACAUGCAACCAUCAUUACAACUUUUAAUGUGUAGAGUUAUUAAUAUAUAGAGGUCUCAAAUGGUUUGCGCUUGACUACAAACCUAAAGGUCGGUGGUUUGAACUCACCCAGUGGCUGCAGAAAAAAGGCCUGGCAAUCUGUUUCCAUAAAGAUUACAGUCAAGAAAGCAGUUCUACUCUAUAAUACAUGGAGUCACCAUGCGUCGGAAUCAACUCUACAUCAACAGGUUUGGUUUUUUUGUUUAUUAAUAUACAGAUUUAUUAACAUCGAUGUUUCAUGUAAGUAUUGAAAACUAGCAUGUAGAGUUCAUCGCUAGGUUUUAGAGCAGGGCCAUCUAUUGUUUAAAUUCUUGAAUACUGUACUUGUAUUCCUGCUCAAGAUUGUUUUAUGAGGCACUGAGUUAUUUACAUUAUUAUUUCUGGCAGAUUUCAAUUAAAGUCACCAGUAUAAUUGCACAGAUCUAGAGAGCAAAAGUGUCCAGAUGCUAAUUUUGUCAUGGAGGUGCUGCUAAUGUAAGCAAAUCUAGAAAUUUCCAUGUUCUUUUAAAAGUUUGAAGCAUCAGACUUAAUUUAGAAAACUACAGGUCUGGAUUUAUACUUACCAAGAUUGUUCCAUAAUUAAAAUGAACAUGUAAGAUUGAACUAUAUGAAAUUGCCAUUUUUGUAUGCAAAAAAAGAAAUAUUGGCAGUUUCCUGUGGGUCAGCCUAAACAUUUGUCUUUAUACCCUGAAUAUGCAGUAGAAACUGUAAAUUUACCAGCUUGUAUAUAUUGAAACAAGUUCCUCCUAGUGAAAGAUGGAGACUUAAUUUAGUGUCUGAUUAGAAGUUUUCAUAUUUGUAACAUUUUAAAUUAAUUCUGUGGUCAUUUUGAAUCAAUUAAUCAUGUAAAGAUACAAAGAAGAAAAGGUGACAUUGAGUUAAAGGGCCUGUAGAAUUUUUCUUAGUAAGCAGUGGGAUAAUAAACAACUGUUUAGAACAUUAAAAGAAGAGAAAAUAUCAUCCUAUUUUAAAAUAGAUGUCACAUUAAAUUUAUGUACUUAUUAAUUUCAAGGACAGUCCUUAGGGAUUAUGUUUAAAGGGAUAGAAGAGAAGGAAAAACCAAGGUCAAGGGUAGGAAUUAAGAAGUGCUACUGGAGUUGCAGAGCCCUGGUGGGACAGUGGUUAAGUGCUUGGCUGCUAACUGAAAGGUCAGCGAUUUAAACCUGCCAGCUGCUCUGCAGGAGAAAGUUGUGGCAGUCAGCUUCCAUAAAGAUUACAACCUUGGAAACCCUAUGGGGCAGUUCUGCUCUGCCCUAUGGGGUCAGUAUGAGUUGGAAUUGACUCGACAGCAAUGGGUUUAGGGUUUGGUAUGGGAGUUGUAGAGAAGUUCCAAAGGCUGAGGACUUAGAUAAGGUCUUUGGAUAUGCCAAGUAAGAAGCUGCUGAUUACUUACAAAAAGCCACUUCAUGGAAUGAUGCAAGUAAAAACUAACUCAAAGCAUGUAAGUAAGUACUCAGAUGUGACGAGGGAUGUUAAAGCAUAUGAGUGUGGUCAGUGUGGUCAGCUCUUCCAGAAAUAGGAUAGCAAAAAAAAGUUGGCCUUGCCUGUUAACAGUAGCUUAAUAGAGAGCAGAAUUGAGGGAGGUUUGUUUUUUUUUUCAUAGUCUGUUUUGGAUGAGUGUGAUGGGCUUGUUUGUAAACUAAAGGUAAAAAUAUGAUGGAAAGGUAAAGACUUACCUAUUGCAAUGUUAAUUAUUUAUUGUUAAAUUAUUCAUUUCUUUAUGCUGAAGAUUAUAAUGAGUAACUUGAACUGGCAUGUUACAGCAUUUUUCACAUUUGGAGAUGGUGUUGUCAGUAGUGGAAUUACCAUAAUGGAUGAGUCAUUACAUGAUUGGUCUUGGUAGUGCUGGUCUGGGUGUCAUAAAUUCAUACGUGACCAUCCAGGCAUCCAAGGGGAAAUAAGUGAUUAGAAUUAAUUGAUGGUAUGUUAAUACAGUUAAAACAGAGAAAUGAAUCAUUUAUUGCUUAUCUUUUGACUAUUAGACUAAGUGAUUGUUUAAUUUACCUAAUUUCUAGAUCAGUUCUGUUUUUCAUAUAGUUGUUGAUGCAUUGGGGUUUUUGAUAAUAUUACUUUUCCUCUGGCUAAUAAGAUCCAUUUCAUAAUGGAAUAGGAGUUGGUGUUUUGGAAUUUGGAAGAACGGCUGUUCUUGUUUCUGUGGCAGGGGUCACAUUUUCUCUGUAAGGUUUAUGUUGAGAAAACGGUAAUACUCCUCUCCAUAACUGAAGUCAAGGUGGAACAUUAUACUGUAGGAUGGGUGGCUUUCGGGGCUUUAGCACAUCCAUUUCUUGGCCAGUAUUACUUAUUAAGGUUUUCCAUUCAAACACCAGCGACUGAGGAACAAGAAAAGUCUUACAGAAAUGGUAAACUACAAUUGCUGUUGUUCCCACAAUCAGUAUACAUAUGCUUACCAACAAAGCCAGAAGAACAUUUCUAAUCCAAGGGCUGUUGUCUACACUGGGAGAGGCUAGAAUGCCGUUUUCAAUUAACGACUCAUUGGCUCCAUAGUAAGAGAUUCCACUGUAUGUGAUGUUCUCAAUGGUGCCAAUUUUGUAUUCCGGUAACACUACAUAUGCAAAGUUUGGAUGGACAUUUCCAUCAGGCCUGCUUAGUUUAAACAUUACUUCUGAAUUUUUCUACUAGGGCACCAUUUCAGGGAACUGCCGUUAACAUAAUGCUCUCUUAUACCAGGGUAUAAUAGUAGAACCUGGUCUCAGGGUAGCUAAUAACGAUCUGCUCAGUGUUACUGGAGUUUAGGUAGCCAAUAAGUUUAGCAAAAAAUAAACCAAUCCUCUCUCUCUUUUUUGUAAAUGAGUAGACGCUGUUUUUUGUGUGCAGAGUGUAAGUAUGGCAGGGAGUACUUCUGGGGAGCUUGAGUUCAAUGAUCAAAAGCAUGAGCAACCAGGCCGCCAGAGUCAGUAGCACAAAGAAUAAAUUCCUGAGGAGAAUAUUGGAAAUCCAGGUCUAGGGGAUAUCCAUAUAGUAUUUGAUGAGUUACAUUAAAUUGCAGCCAGCUUUCUGGGCCUGAAGGAUAUUCGUUUACUGAUUUUAUUUCAAGGGUCAAGUGAGUUGAGUUGCUGUCUUCCUGAUCAUAAAAUGUGUUGGGAGGAAUUGGGAAAUUAAAUCUGUGCCCAAUAGUUGCUGUUAUUAAUUGAAUUGGAGCAACAACUGUCGGAAAUGUGUUGGAUUGACCUAGAAGGAGCAAACAAGAAACAAAUUUCAACAGUUAUCACUAUUUAAAUGUUUAAAGUUGUCUCAAUGAUUGACUUGGUUCCCCUCUUUUCACUUUUUGACGUGGUUUGUAUAGAGGAGUGGGAAAGCAUCUACCGUCAAUAGAUCUUUGCAGUAGGCCUUCCUGUGUUUGAGUACCACAUAAAAUAGCUCCAGAGAAGAGUGAAGGGGGCUGACUGCUUUCAUUUCUGUUUUUACCCUUUGGUUGGGGGCACUUCAUCUAUUCAAGGGUCAUUUCAAGUCCCAUCUGUCCUCCCUUUUUCUCCCUCCUCCUCCCUCUUCUCUGUUUUUCAUCUUCCCUCUCUUCCUCAACUGGUAGAUUUUGCAUUACAGCCUUGAUGCUGCUUCUGCAUAUUCAUGGAGAUUGUUAGUUUCCAAAUUCUUUCAGCCUUAAAUUAGUUUGGAGGAGGAUCUUGAAAUUAGCUUAUUAACAGUACAACCAAGUCUGGGUUACAGGACUUCAGAAAAAUGUUUUGGCAAUAGGCC